AUGGCGUGCCUCCGCGGCCUGGUUCUGCGUCGAUGCCGUCCACUUAUCAUCGAGCCCGGAACGUCACGAGCGCCUUCCUUCCCCCUGCUUGCCCGCACGACACAACCUCAGACAGGCACAGCGCCUUCCUUGCACACAGUUAGGCCGGAAAGAUCCAACCCAACCAUGUCCAUCCUGAAGAUCCACGCUCGAGAGAUUUUUGACUCCCGUGGCAACCCCACUGUGGAGGUUGACCUGUACACCAAGAAAGGUCUAUUCAGAGCUGCAGUGCCCAGCGGCGCUUCCACUGGCAUCUAUGAGGCUCUGGAGCUGCGCGACAAUGACCCAACUCGCUACAUGGGCAAAGGUGUCUCAAAAGCUGUUGAGCAUAUCAAUAACAAAAUUGCACCUGCACUGGUUGGCAAGGAUGUGAAUGUCAAGGAGCAGGCGAAGAUUGACAAGCUGAUGCUGGACAUGGACGGAACAGAGAACAAAUCUAAAUUUGGUGCUAAUGCCAUCCUGGGCGUGUCCCUGGCUGUGUGCAAGGCUGGUGCCGCUGAGAAAGGCGUGCCGCUUUACCGCCACAUCGCUGACCUGGCCGGCAACCGGGAUGUCAUCCUCCCUGUGCCUGCAUUCAACGUCAUCAAUGGCGGCUCCCACGCUGGCAACAAACUGGCCAUGCAGGAGUUCAUGAUCCUGCCCGUGGGCGCCAGCAGCUUCAAGGAGGCCAUGCGCAUCGGCGCCGAGGUCUACCACAACCUGAAGGGCGUCAUCAAAGAGAAAUACGGCAAGGACGCCACCAACGUUGGGGAUGAAGGUGGCUUUGCUCCCAAUAUCCUGGAGAACAAGGAAGCUUUGGAGCUCCUGAAGAAUGCUAUUGGCAAGGCUGGCUACACUGACAAGAUUGUCAUUGGCAUGGACGUGGCUGCCUCCGAGUUCUAUCAGGAUGGCAAGUAUGACCUGGACUUCAAGUCUCCUAAGGACACCAGCCGUUACAUCUCCUCCGACAAGCUGGCCGACAUCUACAGGGGCUUUGUUAAUGAUUAUCCAGUGGUGUCCAUCGAGGACCCCUUUGACCAGGACGACUGGGAGGCGUGGAGCAAAUUCACGGCCAGCACCAGCAUCCAGGUGGUGGGGGACGACCUGACCGUGACCAACCCCAAGCGCAUCGCCAAGGGUGUGGCCCAAAAGUCAUGCAACUGCCUGCUGCUCAAAGUCAACCAGAUCGGCUCAGUCACCGAGUCUCUGGAGGCCUGCAAGUUGGCUCAGAGCAAUGGCUGGGGUGUGAUGGUCAGCCAUCGCUCCGGAGAGACUGAGGACACCUUCAUCGCUGACCUCGUUGUUGGUCUCUGCACUGGACAGAUCAAGACAGGAGCACCUUGCCGAUCUGAGCGCUUGGCCAAAUACAACCAACUGCUCAGGAUUGAAGAGGAGCUCGGCGACAAGGCCCGUUUUGCCGGCCAGAACUUCAGACACCCCGUCUGA